GCUGCUCAUACGCUCGCAUAAAAUGUUCAAGUUCGUCGACCUAAUCGGUGCAUUAUUGUCAGUGCAUCUUCGAGCAUCAUGGAGAAGUCGAGCAUCGGGAAUCAAAUAAUCACCAUGCUGGCAGCAACCCUGUCCACAUUGUGCGGUGGAAUCCACACCGGAUGGACCUCCCCGUCUCUGGUAAAACUGCAGGCCAAUAACUCCGACGUCCCCGUAACUCCGGAUCAGGGUUCUUGGAUUGCUAGUAUUUAUCCCAUCUCAUUUAUACCUGGUGUAUUCAUUGCCGGACUGAUAGUGAACAGAUGGGGUCGAAAGGUCACCCUUCAUUUGAUAGCGAUACCCGAGGCGCUUGCCUUCGCUUUGAUCAUAGCGGCGAAAAAUUACUGGUGGCUCUACAUAGCGAGGGCGUUAGCCGGCGUGAGUUCCGGUAUGACCUGCACAGCGAUACCGAUGUAUUUGGGCGAGAUAUCGGAAGACAGAGUGCGCGGUGCUCUGGGCGUGAUAAUCAAUCUGAUGGACAGUGUCGGAAUUUUACUAGCUUACUCCGUUGGGCCUUGGGUGAGCCGCGUAACUCUUGGUUGCGUGGGACUUGCCGUCCCGGUCAUUUUUACGCUGUCUUUCCUCUGGAUGCCGGAAUCCCCGCAUUUCCUGGUGAUGAAAGACAAGCCAGAAGAAGCCGAAAAGAGUCUGAAAUGGCUCUUGAAAAAAACAGUUCUGUCACCAGAAGAUCUGACGAAGAUUAAAGAGAACGUGGAGUUUGAGAAAAAAAAUGACAAAGGAACUAUAAAAGAUCUUCUUACGGAAAAAGGAAAUCGAAAGGCUCUUUUGAUCGUCACCGUACUCAUGUGCACGCAACAAAUAAGUGGAGUUUCGGCGAUACGUGCGUACACUGGAUUAAUUUUCACCAGAGCUGGAGCCACACUGGAUGUGGGUAUCGUGCUCAUCAUUAUUGGGGUGGUUCAAUUCAUCGGUGGACUACUGGGAAUGUUUCUUGUAGAUCACGCUGGACGAAAACCCCUUUUGUUGUAUUCAAUUGCCGGUUGCGUGAUAUGUCUCAUUGGAGAGGCUGUAUACUUUCAACUGGAGGCAAUCGGAGUGGACGUUAGUUCGCUGACGUGGAUAUCUGUGACGAGUAUCGUGGGCUACUUGCUCAGUUAUUCGAUCGGACUCGGAUGUCUGGCUUUUGUGAUACUCUCCGAGUUGUUUGCGUACAAUGUAAAGACGAUCGCUACCAUGUGGGCGAUCGUGAUUAUCUCAGUAAGCGCCAUGACCGUAACUAAACUUUAUCAGAUUGUCGCCGACACUUAUGGAGUUCACGCUGCCUUUUGGGGAUUCGCGGGAGCUACGAUACUAGCGGGAUUAUUUUUUUAUUUCGUCCUACCCGAAACGAAACAGAAGUCGUUCGCUGACAUACAAAAAAACUUGCGAAAUUCUAAUGCAUCUGACACAGUCAUCAUCAAAGCAUAGGGUACGUCUUUUGAUAUCUCAAUUUUUUCAAAUCCAAAGAAAUUUCUCACUUCA